AUGGCCUUGAUAAAACAUGCGAUCCAAUUGGUUAAAGAUGCAACGCCUUUCAAAGACCGUCACUACCCCGUUUCGUCCGCUGUGGAACAACUGGUGUACAAGGAAGUGCACGAGAUGCUGCGACUGGGUGUUAUAGAGGAGAGCGAAAGCCCAUGGAUCAACCGAACAGCACUGGUCCGAUUAGAUGCUAGAAAAUUGAAUGCGUUGACAAUUAAAGAUGCUUACCUAUUGCAAAAUAACGAAGGCAUACUCAGCAGGAUCGACCAGACUAAUUUUAUUAGCAGCAUCGACUUGAAGCACGCGUUCUGGCAGAUCGAGCUCGAGAAUAACAAUAGGCAGCAUACGGCGAUCACUGUACCAGGCCGCCCGUUGUACCAGUUCCGCGUUAUUCCGUUCGGGUUGUGCAACGCGGUGCAACGUCUCUGUCGACUCAUGGAUCUGGUCGUGCCACAAAAUUUAAAGGGCAAUGUUUUCGUGUAUCUGAACGAUUUGCUGGUUAUAUCCCAGGAUUUUGAUUCUCAAAUACAGCUGUUAAAAGUGAUCGCCGCCUGCUUUGCGAAAGCCAACUUAACUAUUGGGCUCACAAAAACCAAAUUUUGUUUCAAAUAUUUGCGAUAA